AUGCUUGUUCUGUUCCUACUGGUCAUCUUUACUCUUCUCUGCCCAUCUGAGGAGAUUGCAAGAUCAUGCUAUAAAUGUAGAAGAUACCAUCUUGGAUUAUGCUAUGAUGGCAUGAAGUCCUGCCACCUGAAAUACAACCAGUACUGUGCCACUGAAAACAUUUAUAUAUUUACACAACAAGGGUACAGUUUAUAUUUUUAUUCCAAGCUGUCAUGUAUGUACAACUGUGAAGACAUCAACUUCUUGGAUCAUGACCAGAGAACACAGAUCAUCUGUUGCACACAUAGUAGCUAUUGCAACCUCCCUCAGGGGAACUAG